CCUCUCUACAGCCGGGGUGUCUCUGCAUGCAGAUCAGAUAUGGACGACUUCAAUCCAAAAUGGAUGGUGAAAGAACACAUCAUCCCGGCGUCCCACCCACGAGGCUACCGUCGAGGUGUGCGCAAUCCUCAAACAUCCCGCCUAAGACUACACGUGAAGCAAUACAUCCCUUCGCGCUCGAAACCACUACUUGACGAAGAAUUCGCAAUCACACUGAUAGUCCAGCACGGCAUGCCGCCCGGUGACACCAAGGAAUCGUACGAGCCCCUUAUGUGGGAUUUGGGACGAAAUCGGCGAUGAACCGCACUGGUUCGACAGUUCCAGGGAUCUGGUACAAAUGGUCAAUUACUUCCAAACCGAGAUGCGUCCACCCGUGAUAGGGAUCGGGCAGAGUUGGGGCGCCUCAGUGCUGGCGCUGUGCGCGGCUUGGAAUCCCAAGCUCUUUGAGGGUUUGGUGCUUAGCGAGCCGAUACUGGAGAAUGGUUGGUGGCGAUUCCACGGGCCGUCGCGUAUGGCGAAAGCUGGUGAACCGACGGCUAAUCCGGUCAGCGCGGGAUUGGCGAGAAGGAAACGGUAUUAUGCCAGCCGGGACGAGUUGAAGAGGGCGAUUGAACGGAAUCCCAUCUGGAAGGGGUUUGAUAGACGGGUGCUUGGGCAGAUAAUGCGGUAUGACUAUAGAGAUCUGGAGGAUGGGAGGGUUGAGUUGAUUACACCACCUUUGCUGGCGCUGGGACAUUUUCAACGGCCCAGUCCACCGCUACCGGGAUAUCCUGUGGACGACGAUUACCGAAAUAGGCCGGAAGAGGCGAAUUUCCCGCCGGGCUUUUAUAAUGUGGUUCAAUUGAAGGUGUUGGAAGAGUUGGCGAACGUGAGCUGUAUGAUUUUGUUCGUUUGGGACAAGGAAGGGAGGUUUAUGGGUGGUGAGCGGUACAGACGACGGGUGGUUGGCGCCGUGAAUGCAAAGGGCGAGAGGGAGGGCCAAAUCCAGCAGCGUUGGAUUGAGGGCGGGCAUUCACUGGCUCAUCUCGUGCCAGGGAGGGUAGCAGAGGAGGUGUGCGGAUGGUUGAAGGGGGUUUGGGAGGAGUGGAUUGAAGAGGAACGGAGGAGGGAGGGAGAUGCAAAGAUUGAUUCAGAGACUGUGCCUGACGGGGUGUUGGAAAGAUUGAGGGAUACGCCACGGGAUAUAAAGCUGUAGAGCCCGGACCGUAUUCCCUCGAGUAUGAAGUCGUAGGGACGUGUCCGAGUACCAUGAAAAACUCCA